AUGGUGUGGCUGUGUGUAGGUUUUAUGAGCCCGACGCAGUACUUGAAGAUGAAAAAGUCGAAAAAAAUCGAAUUGCUGCCGAUCACACCCGUUUUCGUGCAUCCCAGGAACACUGCACUGAAACCGGGAUACUUUGCGGACAUCAUCAUGCACACGGAUGUCGAGAAAACCGUCAAGUCGUUUUUGGACCUGAGGGGCUGCAAUUGGGGUUACACGGGAGACAAUUCGCUCAGCAGCAGUCUCACCAUACAGAAAUUGCUCAGGACUCACGGCGAAAACUCGUCGUUCUUCGGCAACACGAUAAAGACCGGAAAUCAUUUGUYGACCGUGGAGAAGGUGCAAGAUAAAAACGUGAUCGCCGCCGCCGUCGAUUCUACGGCGUUUUACAAUUACAAAAAUGUUUUGCACAAGGAAUCGGACGACAUAACCAUCUUGCACAGCAUCGGACCGCUACCUCCGUACGCGAUCGUCUGCGGAAAACACUUAAACGAUGAUCUGAAGUCCAAAAUCGUCAACGCGCUGUCGAGAGCCACGAUUGUGCGGUCGUGGAAAGUGCAGUUCGAGAAGUUUGGUCUGAUCAAAUUCGUGGUGAACUCGAAUGACGCCUACUCCGAGUUAGAAUUCACGGAGCCCCUGGGCGGAAGCGGAUUGUCGUCGAUCUAUUAUUGAGGACACGUAAAUUAAUAAUGACAUUAAGUUAUCGUCGAUCUACGUACCUACUUAUAGCAAUAAUAGGCCUCAAUAAUAAUAAAGUCUGUUUACCAAUAGUUUUAA